CCUCAUGGAGGUGCUGUGCCGGGAUCUCAGCUCUUCCUGCCCGACAGCUCCCGGUGCGCUUGAAUGCUGCACGUCUUAAUGUGCAGCAGAGCAGGAAGGAUGGACGUGAGGCAGAUGAGGAUUGAGGUUUAGCUUCAUCAGCCCCAAUCUCCUGCGCUUUAGUGAGAUACCGAAAACUGGAGCCGUGUACUUGGAUUUCUUGGGGGGACCAAGACGUGUCCCGCCUGUCCUGGUUUGACCUGCCCUCUUCCAGCAGGAGCAAUUCCCCAGCCUCCCUGGACAACACGCAGAACUCCACGAUGGAUGAGACCUCUGACGAACCUCCCACUUCUGCCGUCCUCUUAGACAACUGCCACUUCUCCCAGGUCAUCUUCAACGACGUGGAGAAGUUCUAUGUUCCCGGAGGAGACAUAACCUGUUAUUAUACACUCACAAACAACAUUGCUCCUCGUGGGAAGGACUGGGUGGGCAUCUUCCGGGUGGGAUGGAAAACGACACGGGAAUAUUACACGUUCAUGUGGGCGCCUCUGCCCAGCGGUGUCAGCGGCCACGUGGCUGUGCAGCAGCAGAUCCAGUUCAAAGCCUACUAUCUGCCAAAAGAUGAUGAAUACUACCAGUUCUGCUACAUUGACCAGGAUGGAGUGGUCCGAGGAGCCAGCGUACCUUUCCAGUUCAGAGCAGAGACUGAGGAUGAUAUCCUGGUGGUUACCACACAGGGAGAAGUGGAAGAGAUUGAGCUACAAAACAAAAACUUGCUUAAGGAAAACGAGGAGCUGAAGGAGAACUGUGCAAGUCUCCAGAAACAGAAUAUGGAUCUGCAGGAGCAACUCGAGAAGACACAGGAGCUGCAGAAUAGUUUUGAGUCUCUGAAGAGCAACAGAGAGAAAGUGGAGCAGGAGCUGCAUUCCCUAAAAGAAGAAAACAAGCAUCUAAAGGAGCUGACUAACUGCAGGGAGGAAGAACUUCACCAACUCAAAGAGCAAAUUCAGAAGGUGACCUCUGAAAAGGAACACCUGGAAAACAGACUGAAAACAGCACUGGAUCACAUGGAUCAGCUGCAGUCUCAGGUGCUGAAUUAUGAGAAAGAAGUGGCUCGUCUGGAGCACGACAGGACUGAGCAGCUUGAAUGCUUGAAGGAAGAGAAUCGCCAGCUGAGGCUCACUGUGGCUGAGCAGAGGGAGCACAAGGAGAAGCUGGAACAUGUCCUGGAGGACCUGAAGGGCUGGGAGGCCCAUCUGUCACACUUGCUAAAGAAUGAGCAGCAACAAAACUGCAACUUAAUGAAGGAACUUGAGGAGGAGAAGCACUUGUACCAGAUUUUGCAGGCAAAAAACAAUGAAACUGAUAAGGAAAAUCAGGAACUAAGGAAAGAGAAUGACGACCUCUUGAGACGCCUCUCUCAGAAUGCAGGGGGAGGCCUUGUGUUUGGAAAUCCCUACUGUGGUUCAGGAGCAAACCAGGAUGCAAAAACUGAGGACAUAGCUUCUAUAAGGAAGUGCCCCAUGUGCGAUGAGGUGUUUCCUGGAGCUAUCGAUACAAGUGAUUUUGAGGCACACGUGCAGAGCCACCUUCUGGAGUGCCCUCUCUGCAACGAGACCUUUGAAAAGACCAAUCUGCAGGUGUUUGAUGAUCAUAUUUAUUGUCACGGUCUGGAAUAAUUCUGAGUUCUCAUCUGCUAUGUAGAAUAGGUGGCAGAGGCCAUAGAGUAGAAUAGACCUGAAUCAUUCUCUAGGCUUGAUUCACACUGAUAGAAUCACCCAGCCAAGCCCGAGUAUGCCACUAGUACCUUAAUUCUGAGCUUUCUUUUUCAUGCAGCACCUAACCCAAGACUUAAAUGGGUUCAGUUAUUCGUUUCCUGAAAUUGAAUCAGCAUCGUCAGCUUAACAGCAGCUUCUGUCUUGGAUCAAGUAUGUGUACUUGUUAAUUGGUCACAAUUCCUAUAAUUGUUAAUUAAGUUGAAUGUGGUAUCAAUACUUGAGAACAGUCCAUGUACCUAUUCAUCCAGGUUGGGCCAAGCAGAGAGAUGUACAGCAGUCUGCUACACUUAGCUGAUAUAUCUCUAUUACAAUGGCUUUAUUCAUUACUAUAGCACUGUGAUUGCUAACUCAAGAUGAAGAAACAUUUAUAUAAACCCUCACGAUCAGACUUUCAGUCUGUUCACCCUCUAGAAAGCAGAAUUAAUUGCUAAUAAGUGAAAGUAACUAAAUAAAAAUGUCUUUUCCUCUCCUUUGCUUUCACAGGAAGUGAAAACUGUACAUUUAUAACAAGACUCUGUAUCUGUUUGCACAUCUACAGGUGUAGGGCCCAAGCUCCAGCAGAGAGGCAGCCUGGCUUGUUGUAGAGCAAGGCACAUAAAUUGUUGUCCCUUUUCUCCAUCCGAUCAGAUUUACAGAGAAUAGUGAGACAGUAAAUCUGUGC